AUGCAGAACAGUUCUGAUCUCCUCUACCACAUCAUUUUGACCGUCAUCGACUUUCAUCUCGAGCCGUCGGGAUCCAAACGAGCAAUCUACAUUCUUGGCACUCGCGCGACCAUCGAAGCCGCCAAAGACUCGGCCUUUAGGGUUUUGCAUACGCUGAGAUACAAGCCCGAUGACUUUGCCGAAUACACCGUCCAUUCAAGUCACACCGGAACCUGGGCUCACGGUGACGGCGUUCUCAUCUACGCUAAAGCACCCGCGGGCCAGGUAUUCCUUGUCUCUAUCCAGGCAACGCCUAACACCGAAGAGUUGCAAGCCGAUCGCGAGGGUGCUAUCUUAGUACCCCACGGAGUACCUUCGCUGCACUACGUGACACAGACGGUCAUCGACUAUGAUAAAGAUCGGACCGGCUGCGCACAGGAGAUGCAGAUAGAGGGGACGUUUGUUCGCCGCGCUGAUGCCAGAAAAGCAGCGCGGAAGCUGCUCGAUCCUCUGGACUAUGUAGAGUAUGAUACGCCGGAGAAGAUGAAGGGGGAGUGGCCAUAUGGAGAAGAUGUGCUUGUGCACGCAGUCGCGGAGUGUGGAGAGAAUACCACUGUUGAGAUCAAGACUGUUGUUGAUACGCACCACAAACAUGGAAAGGAUAUUUAA